AUGUCUGAGGAGAUGACCACAGAAGAGCUCCCUACUGUUCAGGCCAAGUACGAGUACUGCUAUGCUGCCUACGAGCAGUGUGCAGCUCUGUUAGGGUGUCGAUUACCUCCGUGCGACACCGAAGUUUUCGGAGGCGAUUACACUCGCUGGCCCACCUUCCGGGAUUUAUUCACAGCCCUCUAUAUACAGAACCCGAGACUGUCGGAAGUUGAGAAACUUUUCUAUCUCAACUCCAAGACCAGCGGUGAAGCCCAUGCCAUUGUGUCAAAAUCUCCUUUGACAAAUGAAGGGUUCCAGUCGGCGUGGUCCAGCUUGACUGAGCGUUUCGAGAACAAACGGUUGCUCGUAAACAGUCAGCUGAGAAUUUUGUUCAAUUUGCCCGCCAUUGGGCAAGAGUCGGGUUCCUCUAUUCAGGAGUUGCAGAGCACCAUUCAAGGGUGUCUGACAGCCUUAGAGCACUCGAAAAUCGACACAGAGAAUUGGGAUUGCAUCCUGGUUUUCUUGUGUUCUUCGAGGCUCCCCAAGUUGACCCUUUCUCUUUGGGAACAGUCAAUCCAAAACAAGAGCGAUAUUCCAACGUGGGUUGACAUGAACGCUUUUCUUCUAGAGCGCCAUCGCACCCUAGAAGCGAUAGCGGAGGUGUCAUCCAGCACGAACGCUCCGACGGUUCCAAGAGCCUCACCCAAGAAGGCCCCCGUCUCCAGGCAGGUCAACUCUUUUGUGACCAUUAAGACCCAGACCUGCAAUUUCUGUUCCCGGGAGAACCAUCCGAUUCGAUUGUGCCCUCGAUUUCUUCAGAUGGAUGUCAAGCAACAGAAGCUGUGCUUAAAUUGUUUCGCACGAGGCCAUGUCCAGGCCAAGUGCACAAGUGCGCACAACUGUUUUACGUGCAAGGGUCGUCAUCAUACACUCUUGCAUCGAGUCAACCCGACGCCGACAGUCACUAAUCCCACUCCUAAUAUACAGUCCACUCCUUCCCAGUCAGCUAAUGUGCAAUCAUUCCUGGCAGUUAACACACAAGGUGUUCUGCUGAGUACAGCUGUUGUACACAUUUGCCAUCACGGCGUUCGGCACACAGUACGGGCUCUGAUCGAUUCCGGAUCAGAGGCUACCUUCAUUUCUGAACGAUUGUUCAAGCGCUUGAGGAUGCCAUACACAUCCGUUCAAGCCCACGUCUCUGGGCUGACUCAAGUUGUAGCAGCCCAGCCCCGAAAGCAUUGCCAAUUCCUAAUUGGCUCCCCGUUGCGACCAGAUCUGCAGAUUGAUACAUCGGCUUUCGUCCUUCCUCAAUUAGCAGGAAAACUGCCCUCAUGCUCUGUCCCACAAACCAUCCUCGACAAUCUGCCAAGCAUCCCGCUGGCCGACCCCAAGUUCUAUGAGAGUUCGCAGAUAGACGUGCUUUUAGGCGCGGAUAUCCUCCCAUCCGUUCUUCUCGGCGGCUCUUGUUCGAACGUUUGUGGGACCCUCAUUGGUCAAGAGACCAUUUUCGGUUGGAUCCUGACCGGCCCAGUGUCGGGAUCCACUUCUAACUCCGUCUCGUCCUUUUCGACUCGACUGUCCGUCGAUCGAACUCCUACGAUCGGUCCUGUGACAGGACCCCCCUCCAAAUCUAUUUCAGUUUUUUCGGCUCGACUGUCCGUCGAACGAACCCGUAAGAAUGGUCCUGUGAUAGGACCCUCCUCUACAUCUAUUUCAGCUUCGAAUGGUCCUGUGACGGGACCCCACUCUGAUCCUUCUUCGGUUCGACUGUCCGUCGAACGAUCCUCUAAACGCAAGCCUUUGUUAGGGUUCCAUUCAAAAUCGGUUCCAACACCUUCGGCUCGACUGUCCGUCGAGCGAACCUAUACGAUUGAUCCUGUGACAGGACCCCCCUCAGAACCUCUUUCAGCUCGACGGUCCGUCGAACGAUCCCGGACGGAGACGAAGUCGUCCUCUGCACCGAUGGCACCGGUCACUCCGCUUGGGGUUUCCGUGCCUCCCGGCACAACCUCGCGCCAACCCAGGCGCCGACGCGACCACCCGGCACCCUCCAGAGGAGAACCACCAAGGACGUCCCGUGUCAACGUUUCCCAGGCCGGCAUCCACCAGGCCGGCAUCCACAGGCCCACUCACCCACGCACCCGGCCCGUACCUAGCUCCCGCAGACGGCACUUUCCAGUGCAAAGGAUUAACACACAAGGUGUUCUGCUCAGCACAGCUGUCAUUCACGUAUGCCAUCUCGGCGUCCGCUAUACAGCUCGGACUCUGAUCGAUUCCGGAUCAGAAGCCACCUUCCUCUCAGAAAAGUUGUUCAAGCGCUUGAGGAUGCCGUAUACAUCCGUGCAAGCCCGCGUCACAACCUCGCGCCAGCCCAGGAGCCGACGCGACCACCCGGCACCCUCCAGAGAAGAACCACCAAGGACGUCCUAUGUCAACGUUUCCACAGGCCCACUCACCCACGCACCAGGCCCGUGCCUAGCUCCCCCUGACGGUACUUUCCAGUGCAAAGGAGUGAGCAUACUCCCCACCGCGGCGGUCAGGCAACAUAUGGGGACAGCGGCUUUCGAAGCGCGAGUUGGCGCCGUGUUGUCCCGUAAGCCGCAUCAGCGAGUCGAUGCCAGGGUCCUUGGGCCUCUCCACCACUCGCGUGGGCGCUGA